AUGGUCCAAUUUUGCAUUCGAAAUUUCAUCUGCGAAUAUUCUCAACAAUUUUCUGGACCAUUGGAUAAAACAGUAGCGGGAAAGAAGAACAAAAUUCCAGUUUUUCAUAUUCAUGGAACAACUGAUGAUGGUAACCUAAUAUGAGUAAUGCCGGAUUUGAGAAAAAAAGUUUCAGGUCAAAAAGCGUGCCUUCAUGUUCACGGUGUUUUGCCAUAUUUGGUUUUGAGAGUUGGCGGAAAAUUAACUCCAGGUAGGAAUUUUCGCAGAAUAUUUUACAUUCUCUGA